UUAACUUUACAGUCAUUGAAUGUGUUAUUUUGAUUGAUUAUAAAAAGAUUUUCAAAUUAAAAAUAUGAAAUAAUAUUUUUAUUUUUUGUUUAUCUGGAAAAAGUUAUGAGUAUUCCAAACCUUGAUUUUUCACUGUCGCGCCGUUUGCUCUUCAUAGUUUUGAUUCUUUUUUUUGUAUAUUUUGCUAAAUAUUAUUUUUUUGAUUCAUAUAGUUUUGAUCGAUACAAAACAGCAAGCAAAUAAUCUUGAAAUUCUAAUAUGUCUAGGAGAGUUUCAUACUUUUAUAAUCCAGAUGUUGGAAAUUUUCAUUAUGGGCCAGGUCACCCUAUGAAACCACAUAGAUUGGCAGUCACUCAUAGUCUGGUUAUGAACUAUGGGCUAAAUAAAAAAAUGAAAAUAUAUCGACCAUAUAAGGCAAGCGCGCAGGAUAUGUUACGAUUUCAUAGUGAUGAAUAUAUUGAAUUUUUACAAACCGUGACCCCACAAAACAUUCAAUGUAACUCUGUUGGUUAUACAAAAUAUUUAUCACACUUUAGUGUUGGAGAGGAUUGCCCAGUCUUCGAUGGUCUUUUUGAAUUUUGCGCGAUGUAUACCGGGGCUUCUUUGGAAGGGGCCCAAAAGUUGAAUCACAAUCACAGUGACAUUUGCAUAAAUUGGUCCGGGGGUCUACAUCAUGCAAAGAAAUUUGAAGCUUCGGGCUUUUGCUAUGUGAACGAUAUUGUGAUAGGUAUUUUGGAACUACUUAAAUAUCACCCAAGAGUUCUUUAUAUAGAUAUUGAUGUACACCAUGGUGAUGGAGUUCAAGAAGCCUUCUAUCUAACCGACAGGGUAAUGACUGUGUCAUUUCAUAAGUACGGAAAUUGGUUUUUUCCAGGUACUGGAGAUAUGUAUGAAAUCGGUGCAGAAUCUGGACGAUAUUAUAGUGUGAAUGUUCCUCUAAAAGAAGGCAUUGAUGAUAACAGUUACUUCCAGGUUUUCAAGCCAAUAAUAUCUUAUGUAAUGGAAUAUUAUAGACCGACAGCAAUUGUUCUUCAAUGUGGAGCGGACUCAUUAGCUGGCGACAGACUAGGAUGCUUUUCUUUAAGUACGAGAGGCCAUGGGGAGUGUGUUAAAUUUGUAAAAGAUUUAAAUGUUCCAGUAUUGGUGGUUGGAGGGGGGGGAUACACUUUAAGAAACGUUGCACGGUGUUGGACCUACGAGACGUCUUUGCUUGUAGAAGAAACUAUUUCUAAUGAGUUGCCAAUGACGGAAUACUUAGAAUUUUUUGCACCCGAUUUUACAUUGCAUCCUGAGGUUAAAGGAGGUCAAGAUAACGCCAAUUCAAAACAGUAUUUAGAACUUAUUGUGAAGCAUGUCUAUGAAAACUUAAAAAUGUGUCAGCAUGCGCCAAGUGUGCAGAUGUUUAAUAUACCUGCCGACAGUUUAGAAAAUGAAGAGAAUAGAAUAAAAGAUGAAUCCGAUGCGGAUAUAAGAAUUUGUCAAGUAGAAGAAGAUAGGAUUGUGGAGCCCAAAAACGAAUUUUUUGACAGCGAGCAAGAUAAUGACAGAAAUGAUAAUGAUUAAGUUGCUACCUCUGUAGACGCGGUAUGCGGAAAUGAAAAUUUGAGUCACCUACACUUUGUCCGGGUGCGGAAGAAAAGGUAAAAGUUGCUUAACAUACUUACUAUUCAUUCCUGUUACCUGUAAUUUAUAAAUAACAUAUUAAGAAAAAAUGCAAUUUUGAAUUUUUUUAUUGUUUAAUUCAUA